AUGGCACAAGGCCAGCGUGUGUGUAGGGUGGAUCGGGGCCGGCCCUGCUAUAAGCUGGCGUAUUUUUCUGACCCUGGACGGCGGCUCAGCUUCCUGGAGGCGAAGCUAGCGUGUCACCGUGACGGAGGGGAGCUGCUGAGCGUUGAGUCACCGGCCGAGCAGCGAAUCAUAGAGCAGCUAGUCACGGAGCUCCGUCCUUCCGACGGAGACUUCUGGAUUGGCCUACGUCGUAACCAUGGUGACACGGAAAACGUCGACGACUGUCCCUCACAGUACUACUGGACCGACGGGAGCCACGCCUCCUUCAGGAACUGGCACUGGGACGAGCCGUCCUGUGGUUACGAGGUGUGUGUGGUGAUGUACCACCAACCGUCCGCCCCGCCCGGCCUCGGAGGACUCUACAUGUUCCAAUGGAACGAUGAUAACUGUGACACCAAGAACAAUUUCAUCUGCAAGUACACUGCAGAGAAGGCUCCUGAACCCUCCCCCAACACUGCACACCCAGAGGCUCCUCCCCUGUCUCUGUCACCACUGCCCACGACCUUUGACACUGAAGAGAAGAGACAGACCCCAGCUCUGAACAUGGUUUACAUAGUUCUGCCCACCAUCCCGUUGUUGAUGGUGUUACUAAUAGCAACUGUGUUUGUCUCUGUGUGUAGAAGGAAGCGGCGUGAGCAGCAGACAGAGGUGUGUCCUAGCGACCCAGGGUCCUGUCCAAGCCAAGCCCAGCCGCCUGACGUCUACAACGUGAUUCGCUCCCAGCAGGAGGCCGACCUGGCUGGGACACGCCCCCACACCAAGAACACUUCCUUCUUAG